CGGAGAGAGCCGGGACCUGGCUUCCGGAAGCUGGGAAGCUGGAGCUUGGAAGCUGCUGCGGUCCAAGGAUGCUGAGUCCGGAGCGCCUAGCCCUAACGGACUACGAGUAUCUGGCCCAGCGACAUGUCCUCACGUACAUGGAGGACGCAGUGUGCCAGCUGCUAGAGAACAAGGAAGAUAUUAGCCAAUACGGCAUUGCCAGGUUCUUCACUGAAUAUUUUAACAGUGUAUGUCAGGGAACUCACGUUCUCUUUCGGGAAUUCAGCUUCAUCCAAGCCACCCCUCACAAUAGGGCAUCCUUCUUACGGGCCUUCUGGAGAUGCUUCCGAACUGUGGGCAAAAAUGGCGAUUUGCUGACCAUGAAGGAAUAUCACUGUUUGCUGCAAUUACUGUGCCCGGAUUUCCCGCUGGAGCUCACACAGAAAGCAGCCAGGAUUGUGCUCAUGGACGAUGCCAUGGACUGCCUGAUGUCUUUUUCAGAUUUCCUUUUCGCCUUCCAGAUCCAGUUUUACUACUCAGAGUUCCUGGAGAGCGUGGCUGCCAUCUAUCAGGACCUGCUGUCAGGCAAGAACCCCAAUACAGUGAUUGUGCCCACGUCAUCCAGCGGGCAGCACCGCCAGCGGCCGGCCUUGGGCGAGGCCAGCAUGCUGGAGGGAGUGGAGGCGUCGCUCUUCUACCAGUGCCUGGAGAACCUGUGUGACCGACACAAGUACAGCUGCCCACCCCCAGCACUGGUAAAAGAGGUCCUUAGCAACGUUCAGAGACUGACCUUCUAUGGAUUCCUUGUGGCUCUCUCCAAGCAUCAUGGCAUCAACCAAGCCCUAGGAGCUUUGCCUGACAAAGGGGACCUGAUGCACGAUCCGGCCAUGGAUGAGGAGUUGGAACGGCUGCUGGCCCAAGUCCCAGGCCUGGUCAACUCGGUCACUGCCAGUUCAGAGGCCAGCUGCCUGCCUUCCCGGACCCCUCCCCGGGUUGGCUCCCCGUGGAGACCUCUCCAUCACGCCCGCAAAGUGGAUGCAGAGAGUGAUGGCUCCACUGAAGAGACAGACGAGUCCGAGACUUGAGGAGUCUGAUGGGUGCUGUCUGCAACGCCCUGUACCCUCCUCCCGCCCAGCCCUUGGGACUCCCACCCCGCCUCCUCUCCCACGCCUGUGCCAUGCUGCCCUCUGCUGGUGGAAAGGCCAAAUAACGGCCCCAGCCCACAGACCUGCCAGAGGGGUUCUGACGAUCAACCAAACCAAGCAGUGAACCUAGAAAGUUCACAGCCCUCUCUCCCUGGCUCUGUCGCCUUUGCGCUUUACUCAGGCCCCAAGCUCACAGCAGACUGAGCUGAGGCCACCGGGAAGGUGACUUGGCCUUUGCCUUUUGCUGACAGUCCCCGCAUAAGGGUCAUGUCCCCACAGCAACUCCAGGAAGGGGGAGACCAUGAAUAAGCAUGCAGGGCCUUGCAUGAUCAAAGGUGCUGCCAGUGAUGCAGGUACUGGGAGGGGAUAACCACGGUGGCCUUCUGCUGGAGGAAAAGCCACUAGCCAUGAUAGGAUGAAGGGUGGGCACGAAGACAAUUUCACUUUCAAAAUCUGCUUCAAGUCUCCUCUGUGUCUAACAGUUAAACACAUGAAAUGAAUAAAGUCCCUUGUGUCUGGGAAGCGGUGAGUCU